CAGACGCGUUUUAUCCCCCGUCAGAUUCAGUGUAAUGUCAAGGUGAGGCCUCCGCUGGAUGUUGUGGGGUUUUUUUUUUUUUCAAAUGCAGGUUUAAAAUCCCCGGCAGCAUCUGCACAGUCAUCCCCGCACAGCCGCGUGGAUUUACCGCAGUGCAUCUGCAGCGAGCAUCCUCCGCACGGAGCCACAGAGGAGCCGCCGUGGCGCAGGAGACGCACCGCUGACCGAGCAGGAGAGACGCUCCGCUGACCGAGCACAGGACUAUUGCACAUAUUUACAUUUCAUUUCAUCCAUUUGAAGCGCGUGGCUCUUGUCCUCGCGCAUUUUUUUUUUCCUGCAACACGAAGGACGCAUCUCUUCUCCGAGGUCAUUAGAUAGGUGACACUUAGAGCUUCGACAACAAUCCUAGUUUUUGAGGAUCCUCGUCCAGUGACAUGGCAGCAUCUCAGCUCCUGCUCCUCUCUCUGCUCUGCACGCUGUUCGUGCACCGGUGUCAUGCGGCCUGCGCAGAGGUGUCCUCGGACACCGAGGCAGUGGCAGGCAAGGGCUUCAAGCUGGGCUGCAUCUCCUGCAAGCUGAGGAGUGAGGUGGAGAGUACAUCCACUGUGGAAUGGUACUUCAGGCCCAAAGGAGAAGCUGACUUUGUUCAUAUCUACACCUACAACGAGGGCGUCGCCUCCAUCGAGAGCGACGACUUCAUGGAUCGCGUGGAUUGGAACGGCAGCAAAAUGAGCAACGACAUCCAGGAUGCAUCCAUAUACCUGCUCAACGUCACCUUCAACGACACGGGCACCUACAGCUGCUUCUUCCACCGCAUCCUCUUCUACGAAAACCACGAGUACAACACUGACGUCACCAAGGUGGUUCACCUCAAUGUGGUGGCCAAAGCGACCAGAGGAACAGCUUCCAUCGUGUCAGAGGUCAUGAUGUACGUGUCCAUCAUCGGGCUGCAGGUCUGGCUCCUCAUAGAGAUGAUAUACUGCUACAGAAAGAUUGCAGCGGCUGGGGAGGAGGCGUUACGAGAAGCAGCAAAUGCUGAAUAUUUAGCAAUAGCCUCGGAAAGUAAAGAUAACUGUGCAGGGGUGCAGGUUGGAGAAUAGCAAAGGUUUCUUCCACAGACUGAAAACAUCCCUCCACCCUCUGACCUGCAUGAAGACAAGCUGGGGACAAGUCUCCUCAUCAUCUCAACUCUCUAUUUGACCUUUUCCUCAGCACACAUCACAAGCGGAUGUGACAUUACAAACAGCACUGUAUAUAGUCUUCUGCGUGCAAAAGCAUGUCCUGCACUUAAGGGAAACCAUUAUGCAUUAAUGAGCCACAUUGUUUGAAAGCAUAUACGACACACACAGUAUUUCUUAAAGCAUAUGUAGUUACUCAUUCACAGGAAAUGCACGUUGGUCUGCUGGACUCCGUGAGGUUGAUUGUAAAAGAAAGGUUUUUACUAUAUCACCACCUGAUGUUUCAAUAAUGAGUCAAACAACAUGUACGGUGAAGUUAUUUAUAAAAUAGAAUGUGUCGGAUUAUUAUAGACGGUCUCUGCAGUUGUUAGUCGUACAAUGAAACCUUGAGAUGUGCUAAUAAAAUCUGAGAAAACACACACGAGGUGGAGAUGUCAUCUGUCAUUAUGAUGAGCUGGUUACGAUAAUGAGAAGAAAUCCAGCUUCCAAUCCUGUUUGUUUAAUGUUUUUUUAUAUUAUUUCACCGUUUACAGGCUUCUCGUCCUUUUAAACACUUUCCC